GUUCAUUCAUGUUGACAAGAAAAAUAACAAUGCACAAGAAAAUAUGAAAUUUAGAUAAUUAUUCACUUCACACAGCAUAAAUGGCGUACGUUAAUGUGAGGGAUUGGUCAGUUGAUCAAGUAAUCGACUGGUUAAAAGGCCUCGAUAGUAUUAUUUUGCAAUAUACGACCUCGUUCUUGAAUAAUGGGGUAACAGGACAUCAAUUACUUAGUUUAAGAGCCGACGAUUUGGAUAAUUUAGGAGUUAAAAGUUUAGGACAUCAAGAAGUCAUUUUAGAAUCAGUGGAACAUUUGAGACAUUUUCACUUUGAAUUAGAUAAAGAAAAUUUGCAAAUGCUCGCAUUGAAGGUCUCCUGCGCUUCGAAUUCUCUCUACAAAGAACUGUUAUUAGUCGAUGAUGAUUGUCCCAUAGUUUCGCCCCAAAUGAUGUCAGACGUGCACAACAUCAUAAUGACCAUAAAACCGCUAGUUUGCUGGCUGGAUCGCGCCCCCUUUCUCGGCGAUAAAGACUACAUUGAUUGCAAAACACAAUUGCUUGAUUUGAGCUUUGAGAUGGCUACGAGGGCCCAUCGAGGGAAAUUCUCCGAGAAACCGGUGAGCUUCAUCAAGGAGAUUUGCGAACGAAUCACCAAACUCGCCGAUCAUAUUAUACAAGAGAUUUCCGAUCCGAUGGUUUUGCAACCGGCCUCGCUUGAUCUCGCCACUUUAAAGAAAAAGGAGCAAGAAUUGGGUUUUUUUAUCUCGCCAAAUAAUCAUGCAAUUCAUCAAAUUGCCGAGAUUAAGUAUGGCUCACCGGCACAUGGAAGCAGUAAAAUCGAAGAGGGCGAUGAAAUCGUCCAGGUUAAUUAUCAGACUGUUGUGGGGUGGCAACGCAAGAAUGUGAUGAUCUUGCUUCAAGAUUCGCCCCCAGAAAUUGUACUCACGUUGAAGAAGAGACCAAGACAUACGAAAGUUUAUGGUCAGAUUUAUAUGAAACCGUAUCGUUUGCCGAGUAAAAAGCUUGAUGGACAGACGUAUUUUCGGUGGAAUGAUAGUAUACCGCCUUCUAGACUGCUUCCAAUGCAUAGUUUAUCGCCAAUUGACAUUCCAAAAUUGCCUGUGGUUAUUGAGCCUCCUGAUGUCGAAAUUGAGUUGAGUAGUAGUGAUGAUAGUGAGCCUCCUGAUAGUCCUUUGGAUGGUAGUGGACGAAUGUAUCCUCUUAAGCCGAGACCGAUUUUGCAAAGGCGGAAUACCAUUACGGGGCCUUUGCCCACCUCCAAAACACCGUAUCCCUACAUGGAGAAGUAUUGGCAGAAUUGGAAAGACCGUGCCAUUUCAACACACUCGAGUUCGAUCAACAUCGACGAUACGAAUUUCGAAACCGAUCCGAGUUUCAUUCGGGACAAAAGCGCUUCUUGCAAUUUAGGCCUUGAAUUAAGUCCUCGACCGACGACGGUCAUCGGCAUCGGCCAAAGUCGCAACAAGUCCUUCAAAAACUCCAAGAAACGCGUCAUUUUCCAAGAGAAAAAGCACGAAGAAAAGAAGGAAAAUUGCCAUUUGAAGAGUAAUUUAAACGAGGAGAAGAGCAUCAGUGUUAAUAGUUUAGCGAGUUUGAAUAACGAAAAUAUUGCGUUUAUUGAUGAAGGACGAGAAUUGACAGAUCGCACAAGUAUGGUCACUGAGGAUGAUGUUAAGAAAGAGUGUCAAUAUUUUCACACUACUCAUGAUAGAGUUAAAGAUGUGGCGCUUGCCGAGGUUAAGAUUCAUGAUAUUAUUAAGAAAUUUGAUGAGAAGGAAGUUGUUGUUGUUAAACCGAAGAUUUUUCCGAGAUCACAGAUCAAGAAACCACCAGAUGUGCCACAAAAACCGGAUUCGAGUAAAAAACCGGUAGUGCCACCUAGGGUUAUUAGGGGAAGGUUGGAUAAAAGCCACAGUACGCCGGCUUAUGACUUGACCGGAGAUGAGAAUUCGCCGGUUGAGAAAUUUCUCGUGGAGAAGACACAAGUGGAAGUUGUUGAGCAAGUAACUACUACGGUUUCCGAAAGCGAACCCUUCUCUGAAAUGAAAUACGAACUCGGAAUCCCUAUCGUGGACACUAUAAGUUUGCCACUCGUCGAAGAAAUCAAAAUAACUCUUACUGAAAAAACUAACGAAAUCGACGAUGAUUUGCCACCAAAACCUCCACCACGAACCUUCGGUGUAGUCGAUUUAAACAAACCGGCUUAUCCAAUCGACUCACCAAAACCGAAUAUUUCUGAAAAACUGAAAGGGGAUUUAGUGCUGAAAUCAACCGUUUUCGAGUUUCCUGAAACGAAGCCACCACAAAAUAAGUAUUUUGAACCGAAGACAGCAUCAACACCGAAAAAAUCGGAGUUUAGCGAAACUGAAGCAGUGGUACAUAAAAGCGUCCCUAGUUUUGAAUUACAGAAAAUGAGUGAGAGUAAAAUCUCACCGACGAAUUCAAUAGUGCGAGUCAUGAUUUAUUCAAAUAAAAAUAAAGCCGGGAAGAAGAAAAACACAAUUACUGCUAAACGAAGAAGAGUUACAGUUAAUGAUUUAAAUCCUCCCGAUACUCAGGGGUAUUUAUACCAGCGUUUACGAAGUAAACAGAACCAAAAUGUGCAUUGGGAAAAAAGAUGGUUUGUUUUGUUGGGUAGUUGUUUGUAUGGUUUUAAAACGAAAGAAGAUCCACGAGCUGCAUGUCUUAUUUUUCUCUCGGGCUUUACUGUGGCUGUGGCCAGCGAAGUGAAAUCCCGCUCGAAUGCGUUUAAAGUCUACCACACCGGCACAGUUUUCUAUUUCUCAGCCGAGGAUUCUGAAGCCCUCCAAUCAUGGAUCGAGACAAUCACCGCAGCCACUCUCAACAAUGACAGUCUUAAAAUCACCGAUGGCUCCCUCUACUCCGAAACGGACGAAUCAGACACCGAAAAAUCGAAAAAAAUCGAAAACAACCCAAAAUUCAACUCGUUAAAAAAACUAAAGAAACAGGAAAACACCAGUGGUGGUGGUAGUACAAGUUUGGACCGAAAACGCUUCUUUAACAAAUCAAGCAGUCAUUCGAAAAAUUCACUUCCUGUCCCCACCGCCCAAUUCCGCUCCUAUCGAAAAAUUAAAACCAACGAACCGAGUGAAAGUGUCACCACUGGGAAUUUUACAUCGCAUGUGGCGUCGUUUUUCGCACACAGAUCCGAAAUUCAGUCGGUUCCGAAUUUGACUGUUGAACAAAGUCAAGAAAAAGUCAAAUUAUCGAAAAAACCGUUGAAUUACGUUCAUGCAAGUAAUCCAAGUUUGUGUAAUAUUAACGAUUUUCAUGUUCCGAGUUUUCCGAAGAAGAGUUUCAAGCAGUGUAAUGAAAAUUUGGCCGGAUUUGUGACGUUGGAAGAGCUGAUGAUCAAGCAAAGCGAGGAGAAAAAACUCAAUCCGUACAAUAUGGCCGAUGAUGUUUUCAUCAAUUUGAAUUUGAUCAAACCGGAUGUUGUUUAUGGGGAAGUCCCGAUCCGCCCGAAAGAGAAAGUCGAAGUGGAGGAAAAAGGCCACUCUCGGAACGCUUCCGACUCGCAAAAACAAGACUUGGGUAGUUCUUGUUUCGGAAAACGUCUCGGCUCUUUCAAAAAAAUCCACAAGGAAAGCGACGACUUUGAAACUCGCACUUCAACUUACCCUAAAACGGCUAAAGGUUUUGACCAAAAAUUGAACAGAUCGCUCCCUCGGACCCACAAAUUGUCCGCGGACGUUUCUCGUUACGCCUCCGAUAGAAAUUUAUCAAGUGAGCGAGGAUACGAAAUGAUUUAUUGUCCAGAAACCACAACCGAUGUUCAAUUUGCCCAAAAUCGCAAUUUGUACAAAGAGACGCCGAAAAAGAGUCACAAAAUCAAAAAACAGAACAGUUUUAAUUCCUCGGGGAAGUACACUAACAAAGUCUCAGAUUCGUCCAAAGUUAAAUUAAAAUCGGCAAUCCAAUACACGCCCAUGUGUUUGCCUUUGUCACAAGACGACAAGUCCAAACCAAAACUCGCGUUCGAACUGAAUUUGGACGAGAAGAGCAACAAGGGAGGGAAAUUCAAACAGAUUUUUGGUAAACAAAGCGAGGGGAAGAAGGAGAAGACGUUUUUGGGCUCGCCGAAACUACAUCGAACCAUUUUCCGGAAAAAUAAUUCCAGUUCGGAGCUAAAUUGGCCAUCUUCGUCUCAGACUGUGGUGUCUCAAAGCUCAUAUUCGGUUGAAAAUUCGCCCCCUGAACCACCACCAGUGAGUAUAAGUCCACACGCUGAUUAUCCAGGGUUGGAAUAUCCGCCGGUUUUUGAACCGGAAACCUAUUCUCUUGCCGACCCACAAAGCAGUUUGACGUUGUUGCGCAAGCAAGGCAAAAGUAAUAACUAGAUUGUUUCGUUUUUGAUAUUAUUUCUUGUGAUUUGAGCCAUAGUUUUGCCAUCAAAUAUUUGGACUUUUACGCUUGCCUGAUAUUCAGUUGUUGUUAAUACUUGUAAAGGAAACACCAUAUAUUGUUGUGAUAUUAAAAAAGUGUCAAUUACUAAGUAGUUAGCAUUGUUUUGUAGUUAAAGCUUGGGGAAAAUGUUUUAAAAUUUGUUGAAUAAUCGUUUUAGAGGCAAACGGCUUAUUUUUUAUUCAAUAAUGAAUACUUUGGCAAUAUUAGUAUUGAUAUUGUGGUUCAGGUUUAUUAGUUUUUAAACUUGUUAUUAGUUAGAGAAAUUGCAGUAUUAUUUGAUAUAUUUUAUUCAUGAUGUAAUUUUUAAUUGCCAAUAUUUUGUCUAUUUGUUACGACCAUUGUGUCUCAGGGGUAUUGGCUAAUUUAAAAAUGUUAUAACUUAUUGAUUUUGCAACAUAUCUGUAUAUAAUUUGUAAUAUUUAUAUUUUGCUUUUUACUAUUUUAAGUGCCAAAUUAAUCCCAGUAUGAAAUAAAAUGUUUAUAUAAAAAGUA